CAUGGAUGUCCAACAGAAACAGAUUGUCACCAAACUUAUGGAAUCCAUUCCCACACUUCGUAUCAGACAUUUGGGCAAAACUAUAACCCCGGAGAAGGUGGCCGUCGAGUGCUCUAUCAAAUACGUCAAGAAUAAGGAGUUCCUUAUUUUGCCCGAAAUGGAUCUCUUAUAUCAACUCAAUUGGCUUAAUCUGAUCCGCGGUAACGAAGUGUUGUUGAAUAAAUUCAUGGUUAGAGUGGAGAAGGAGGUCAACCAUUUUAAGGACGACAUGAGUACG